AGUGUUAUUAUAUUUUACCAAUGAUUUCAUCCUAAUCUUGACCCUAACAUAGUUAUGCGCUUAGUGUAAGUGGACGCCGCUUAUGAUUUUGGUUGGGCAAUGACCAAAAAUAGUGUUGUUUCGACAAUAGUCACAUACUAUGCCCUACGACAUUGACGAUUCUAUUGUCUAUGGCUCACCUAUUUAGCGCCACCCAGCAGGGACUUGGUCUAAUACCCAAUUCAGUAUAUCCGCUCCACGUAAUGUACCGUACCUCUUUUGAUUUGUGAUAUAUUACGCGGAACAUUACUCUCUUCAUUCUGAUAGCGGCUAUGUAACCCAUUGGAUUAAAAACCUCCAUCAAACAUGAAGAGAUUAAUCGGAGACUGAAGACUCUAUACCAAAUUUGGCUCAGAGACAGAUAAUCAGUGAGGUCAGUUUUUCUCGUUUGUCAGAGACGAUUGAUACGUAUUAAGACAAACUUUCCACUGCAUCUGCCAGCAAUAAUCGGUGAUCGAUCAACAUUUCGAAUACCCCAAUUUACACAAGAAUGCCAAGGAUCACCGCUCAUGCUUUACAAUACAGUUGGAAAAACUAGAACAACACCUGGCCACAAUGAUGCAUAAAGCACUAAAGCGGACCGGAAGUGUCGGUGAGCCAGCCCCACCAUCCUGGGACAAACAAUUGAAGAUCCCUGGAAAAUCCCCCAGAGAAAUCCCGAAAGAAGCUCUCGGAAGCCUCUAUAAGAAAUCCAGAAAGCAUUUCGCAAGAAAUCCCGGGAUGGAACUCCGGGAGAGAUCCCGAAUAAAUCUAGAACUUCUGAAAGAAAUACUGGGAAGUACAGUAGGAGAUAUACCUAGAGAAACACCUGUAGAAAUUCUGACAGGAGCUUUGGAAAUCUAGGAAAAACUUUUGGGAGAAAUAUCGGGAGAAACUCCGGAAGAAAUCCCGUGAAAAUUUAUAGGAAACAUCUGGCCAGAAAACUUUGGAAACAUAUCGGGACGGCUUUUGGAAGAACUCCUGGGUGCGACCCCGUGGAAAACUCCGACUGAAACCCUUGGUAGAAUUCUAGAAGAAAUCCCAGGAACAACUUACAGAAAUCCCACCAGGAAUAUUGGAAUAAUCGCGGAAGGCAUUCUGACAGGAAUCCCUUUUCCCGGGAGAAAUGCCUAGUAAUACUGAGAAGAAUCUCAGUAGGAAUCUCAGAAGAAAUCUAAGCAUUCAUCAGGAAAAAUACCGAUAGAAGUGCUCUUAUUUUUCACAAGGUAUUCUGAAUGUAAUACUGAGAAAAACUUCGAGAAAAAUGCAAAUAAAGAAUUCCAGGCGAAAUCUCGCAAGAAAUCUCAGAAAACCCCCUAGAGAAACCCCGAAAGGAGCUCUCGAAAACCUCUACAAGAAAUCCCGAAGCAUCUAUGCAAGAUAUCCUGGAUGGAACUUUGGGAAAAAAUCCCGGACAAACCUAGAACUUCUGGAAGAAAUACAGGGAAGAACGACGAGAGAUAUACCUAGAGAAAACACCUGUAGAAAUUCCGACAGGAGCUAAUGAAACUCUCAGAAGAAAUCUAGGAAAAACUUCUGUGAGAAAUUUGGAGAAGUGCUCUAGAAGAAAUCCAGUGAGGAUCUUUAGGAAACAUCUGGCCAGAAAAACUCUGGAAACAUAACGGGAAGACCAGCAGGCACUCCUACAGAGAUUAAAAUCCUAGGUAGAGUUCUAGUAGAAUUCCCAAUAACAACUUGCAGACAUCGUGACAGAAUCAUUGGAAAAAUCUAGGAAGGUAUUCUGACAGGAAUCCCGGGAGGAACUCCAUGAUAAAAGAUGAAAUAAACCUUUGGCGAUAUUUCGAAUAUACUCAGGUGAAGGCACGGCAAGUAAAGUCCUUCACGGACAACCGGAUGGUUGGUCCGGUGAAGGCGCGACAAGUAAAGUCCUUCACGGACAACCUGUUGGUUGGUUCGGUAAGGGCAUGACAGAUGAUGUCCCUCGCGAACAUUCAUGAGCGCACGGCAAAAUCAAAGUCCACCACAAAUGGCUGACGAGGAUCGGAUCUAGGAGCAGUUGCUCGAUUUAAAUGAUGAAGAAAAAGAAGAAGAAUGAAACCACGAAUAAAUCGAAGAUGUUUUAAACGAAACCCCUCAGAUGUCCCUCGCGAACAUUCAUGAGUGCACGACAAAAUCUAAGUCCAUCACGGAUUGAGCUAAAACAUUUCGGCCAUUUUAUAUGUAAAAAGCUUUUUCAAAUAUAAAGGAAAGGAGAUGUGGUAGUUUUGGAACUAAUCAAGUAGGCUGAGGAUGGCAUUCAAUCGAUGACCAGUCCAACUGUCAAGAAGCAAGUACGCAACCCACCACAGAUUCCAAAAAGAAUCUUUGGAGAGAACCCAGGAAAAAGUCCCUUACAGCGUGCCUGGCGGGAGAAUUCCUGAAUGACGAGACCUUGCAUCAUCUUGGCAGAAUUGUUAUUCGUUCCGGCAUCCUCGGCAAGCUCCAAAACACGACAACAAAGCUUUUCCAAAACGUCUUGGGAGUUCAGAUUGAUUUUCAGACUGAUUCUAUAGAGUCGCGUUGAGUUCCACCGGAACUGAGUAACGAAAUCAUACACAAUACGUUCCGAGAUUCCUCUGGGGGUUUCACCCGAAAGUAUAGCCAAGAUUCUUCCUUCAACUCUGUCGUGAUCGCUGCGGCUAUUCUUACAGCCACAACACCGACCGCAGAGAGGAAACUCUUUUAAACCUCUCUGUGGUGGACUGCUGUGUACUGCAAAUGCCAUUGCUGCUGCCUUUUGGUGCGUCCGUUCGUAUCCACUAUCGUCUAUCAACUGAAUUGAAUCCACGAUGCGCAGCUCUUUUUGUAUGUUUGCUUUUGUUGUUCAAUCUAGCUUUCCACCAGGGGGUGCGACACUGUAAUCUUUUUGGAAUCAAUUUAAAAGAUUCAAAAAGAUUUGAAAAGAUUCAAGGUGAUUUGGCGGGAUUAAUAGAAAAAAGGACGCACGUCAGUUAUAUCGGAAUAACUGAAUCAUUUCGUUCAGUGUUUGUUUUGAUCUGACUGCUGAUCGUGCAUGGGAACAAAAAGUGACUCUUCAUUAUACGAAAUCGAGUACGAAAAUUUCGUAAUUUAAUGAAAGUUGCUGGAAAGAGUGGCGUCCGCGUUUCCAUCCGGCAUCGCCGUCAUCCCCCCGAGGUGCAUAUGAAAACUGUAAAAAGUGGACGCAAUCAUCCCGCAAUGCAUCCGGUGUCCAAUGACUGUUAACGGCCGCUCAUCGCCGGAACUUGUGCCAAAGUUACAUCGCGUUAGUAAGGAUCGUCCAUCGCGACCUGAGGAAUCGCGAUGAUUCCUUCGUCACCACCAGUCGAGCGGGUCCGAUAUUCGCGAACUUCCGAAUCGGAGAAAGCUCCCACGCCGAAGCCACGAAGCAUUCUGGAGUAUCGACCUGUGAAGGUACGUCAGCAAAAGCCACCAACCACCACCCACCAAGAAACACAAAGAUUGUGCCGAAAAGAUGCGCGUGUCAAAAUUGAUGGCCUAUCGAAGCAACGCCGCUCAAAUCACCAUCAUGCGAAUCGGAGAAAUCCAGUGAAAGUUUACUGAACAGUUUCACGGCUCACACUAUCGGCACGGUUUGGCGAAAUGGUCCAGUGGAGUUGCGAUCUGAUCCACCCAGGACAUGCGCAUCAAAGAAGAAAUCGAAGAUGCUCUACCGGUACGGUAUGGAUAUUCCCUUGCGUCGGCUGUUCUUCACCAAAGAAUAAUUGAUGACGACCGGUCACAGUUGCCUAUCUUCGUGGGACGAUUUUAAUACGAGUAAUACAAGGGACGCAGCUGAGUGAUCUCGAUCUAGUGGGAGAAAUGAUUGCACAAAUAAAGGAGUGAAGCAGGAGCGCUUUUAGCGAACAGUGAGUACGGUCGCAGUUGAAUUAACGCCGUAAGGUUCCUUUAUCUUAGCGAUUGUUAAUAGACAAUUUCAAUAAUUGAAUUAUUACUUGUUUUGAACUUGAAUCAUUCCGUGGUUCUGUCGAAGAAUCCGAGAGAAUUUAUAAAUUUUCGAGAGGGGAACAUAUUGCAUUAUUUAUGUAUUCAAAUGAAUAAUAUGUUUAUAUAAAUAAAUAACAAAACUAAUUAAAUGUGUUAUGUGAAUUAAUCGAAAGGAAGGCCACAGGUAGGACAAGCUCUGACUACUGGAAAGAAUGUCUCAUGGACUCCUCCAAUCACAGCAAGUAUAAUUGAUCUAUUUUUGAAGAUGUAUUGUGCGUCACCAAACGACUUCAGAGGACUUGGUGAACCUUCUUCACGGCAAGAUCUGUUCAGUAGGAGGAAUAACUAUGAAGAAAACUGAUCCAUUUUAAACGUAGAUGCAUUGUGCGUCACCAAGCGACUUCAGAGGACUUGGUGAACCUUCUUCACGGCAAGAUCUGUUCAGUAGGAGGAAUAACUAUGAAGAAAACUGAUCCAUUUUAAACGUAGAUGCAUUGUGCGUCACCAAACGACUUCAGAGGACUUGGUGAACCUUUUUCACGGCAAGAUCUGUUCAGUAGGAGGAAUAACUAUGAAGAAAACUGAUCCAUUUUAAACGUAGAUGCAUUGUGCGUCACCAAGCGACUUCAGAGGACUUGGUGAACCUUCUUCACGACAAGAUCUGUUCAGUAGGAGGAAUAACUAUGAAGAAAACUGAUCCAUUUUAAACGUAGAUGCAUUGUGCGUCACCAAACGACUUCAGAGGACUUGGUGAACCUUCUUCACGGCAAGAUCGGUUCAGUAGUGUGGUGCCUGAGUGCAGGCCUGAUAUUAUAUGCUGAUGUAAUGGGGUCUGGGGACGGCCCUGUGUUGUGCUGUCAGAAUACCAAGUGGACUCGAGAUUAACGUGUGUACAAAAGUGGAGAAAUAAAAAGAAUUAAUUUGCUAGUAAAAUACAUUUAAUUAUUGAUUUGCUAUUCGGAGUAUCACAUUGGCGACGAGGAGUUGCGGCAGGUAAAGAAACAAAUGUAUUUUUAUGGUUUUAAACUUAAAUUUUCAGCGGCUUCAAAGAAGCCACCUUAUUUGUGAGGUUAAGUAUUUAUUAAUUUUUUCCUUGCUUAGUCGCAGAAAGAUAGCCAUCGCAGUACCGUGGACUGUUGAUCGAGGCAGUCAAUGAACGGAGAAAAUCGCAGAGGCAAACAAAAAAAAAAAAAAAAAACAUCGCAAAGGGAAACGUACACAAAAGGCCGCAGAGGCGGACACGUUACUAAUUGCAGAGCGUGGAAUAAACAUUCGAUAGGCUGCCAACGAGUAGCGACUGCUUCAAUGCAGUGUUAAUUGGUCGAAAUAGAAGACAGAGGUCAACAAAAACAAACUGCCAGAGGGCAAUAUUUGAGAAGGUAUGUACAGGAAGCAGUAAACAAGUACUGCAGAUUGUAUCUAAAUGGUGAUUUUAUUUGUUUUAGUAAACGAAAAUGGAGAAGUGGGAUAUUCCCCAAUUCAAGUUCAAAUCGCUUCCCCGCAACACCGUUCGGAACGAGUGGAUCAAGUAUAAAAGGAAUCUUGAUUAUAUCAUCGCUGCUACGGGAGAAACUGAUCGCACACGAAUCAAAAACAUCUUUCUGGCGAAAGCUGGAUUAGGGGCCUGAUUACGAGUGUCACUUCACGGUGAAAACAAAAAAGUGACACCGGUAAUAAGGACGGUGAAAGUGAUUCCCAUUUGAUUAACCCACAACUUUUUCACCGUGGAUUCGCAAUGUGUCACCGUGAUCGAUUUUCACCGUGAAGUGACACUCAUAAUAAGGCCCUAGAUCUACAGGAGGUGUUCGUUUCUAUUCCCGGUGCAGAUGUCCAGGAAGAUGAAGAGAAAACGAUCGAUCCGUUUGCUGUCGCAAUCAGCAAACUUGAUGAUUAUUUUUCGCCCAAACAACAUGAGACGUUUGAGCGGAACAUUUUUUGGACUCUUAAGCCGGAAGUGGACGAAACAUUAGGAAAGUUCAUGCUCCGAUGUCAAGACCAAGCUGCCAAGUGUAACUUCGGUAACAAUGCAGAAGAAAGUCGUGCCAUCAGUGUAGUUGACAAAAUAAUCCUAUACGCUCCGAGUGAUCUCAAGGAACAGCUGCUUCAAAAGACUGUUUUGAAGUUGGAUGACGUCACCAAUAUUGUCAGCUCGUACGAGUCGGUCAAAUCGCAGGCACAAUCCAUCAGUCUUCCGGGGGCAAGUUCGGGCGAUUCAGUUCCCAGUUCGUCGUGGAACGUCAAUAAAAUCAAACAGUUGCCUAGCAAACAAUGCACACGCUGUGGACGGAGCGGCCAUUCCGCGAACGAUUCUAUUUGCCCGGCGAGAUCCAAAGAGUGCAUUAAAUGCAAACGCAUCGGACAUUUUGCUGCGCAGUGCCGAUCACUUCCUACACUGAAGCGUAAACAGUUCACGAAGCAGGAAUCACGGUGGCCAGCUAAAAGGUUCAAGCCACACCAGGUUAAUGAGAUUGAGACAACGGACGAUAAGGAGGAUAAAACGUUCCUGUUCAGUAUUAGCGACGGCGGUGAGGCGAUCCGGAUCAAAGUAGGCGGAGUAGUAUUACAAGUACUCGUGGAUUCCGGAUGCAAGAAAAACAUUGUCGACGAACGGUCAUGGAGUUACAUCAAAGCGAAUGGAGCAAAGAUAUGGAACCAAACAAAGAACUGCGAAGAAGUGUUUCUACCAUACGGAGAGAAUGCGAAACCGUUGACUCUGUUGGGGAAGUUUGAUACAACCGUAUCAAUCGAAGACGGCGGGGAAAUCAUCGAGAGGACCGCUACAUUUUAUGUGGUCAAAGGAGGUCAGCAGUGUUUGUUGGGUAGGAUCACAGCCACGUCACUGGGAGUCUUGUUCGUCGGAUUACCGAGUACCCACGGGGUGAACGCGAUAAAUUCUACAGGUAUUCAGCCAUUUCCCAAGAUCAAAGGUAUUCAGGUAAAAAUACCGAUAAAUGAAUCUGUUCCCCCGGUCUGCCAGCAACCUAGACGGCCUCCUAUUGCGUUGAUGACAAAAAUCGAAGAUAAGUUGAACUCGUUGUUAGCCAGUGAUAUCAUUGAGCCCGUCGUGGGAGGUUGUCCUUGGGUUUCGCCUCUUGUAACUGUUGUAAAGGACAAUGGGGAUCUUCGCUUGUGCGUUGAUAUGCGCAGGGCAAACGCAGCAAUAGUGCGGGAACGACACAUUAUGCCAACAAUAGAAGAUUUCUUACCCAGGUUCACUUCCGCGAAGUGGUUCAGCCGACUCGAUGUUAAAGAGGCCUUUCAUCAAGUCGAACUGGACAGUGAGAGUCGCUAUAUAACAACGUUUAUAACGCACAUGGGCCUAUUUCGAUACAAGCGUCUGAUGUACGGCAUAGCAUGUGCUCCAGAGCUAUUCCAAAGAAUCCUUGAGCAGAUUCUUAGUCCUCACAGCAAGAAUGUAGUUAGCUUCAUAGAUGACGUUCUUAUUUUUGCCAGGACGGAACAAGAACACGAUGAAGUUCUCAAAGCGGUCUUGUCAACGCUAAGUGCAUAUGGGAUUUUGUUGAAUCAGAGUAAGUGUGUGUUCAAGGUUUUGGAAUUAGAUUUCUUGGGACAUGUCAUAUCCCCAGAUGGCAUCAGACCAUCGCACAGUAAGGUCGAAUCUCUUCUAAAAUUUCGUGCACCUGCUACCUCGGAGGAAGUCCGCAGCUUCUUGGGCUUGGUAACAUAUAUUGGUCGAUUUCUGCCUGAUCUAGCCGCGAUCACUGCUCCGCUUCGAGAAUUGACCCAUUCUGGAGUCCGGUUCACCUGGGGCGAAGAACAACAGGCAUCGUUUGAAAGGCUAAAACAGCUGAUAGGAAAUGUCCAAAACUUGCGGUUUUUCGAUAACAAACUGCGGACAAGGGUCGUCGCGGAUGCCUCGCCGGUGGCUCUAGGGGCGGUUCUUUUACAAUUUGAUGGACCUACUGAUGAUGAUCCUCGACCGAUCGCGUAUGCAAGUAAAAGUCUGACUACGACGGAGAAACGCUACUGCCAGACAGAAAAGGAAGCCCUUGCGUUGGUCUGGGCGGUGGAGCGCUUUUCUGUCUACCUUUUGGGACGCACGUUUGAAUUGGAAACGGACCAUAAGCCUUUGGAAGCUAUUUUUAAGCCAACUUCUAGACCAUGUUCGCGGAUUGAAAGGUGGGUGCUCAGGCUACAGUCGUUUUCAUUUGUGGUGAAGUAUCGUAGCGGUACUGGCAAUGUGGCGGAUCCAUUAUCGCGGUUGGUAGAAGCGCAGCAGCCGGAAGAGUUUGAUGCGGAGAGUAAGUUCAUGGUACUCGCAGUUCUAGAAUCAGCGGCAGUUGAUGUCCAGCAGCUCGAGGAGAUGUCCAAUACUGACGCCACAUUAGAGGUCGUGAAGCAGUGUUUACGUACUGGAAAUUGGGAAGCACAGGAGGCCAAAGCUUUCUCUCCGUUUAAGAACGAACUAGGGUUCGUUGGUGACCUGCUAGUCAGAGGAAACAAACUGAUAGUACCGGAUUGCUUGAGAUCGCGUAUGCUAGACCUGGCUCAUGAGGGCCACCCUGGCGAAUCUGUAAUGAAGAGGCGACUGCGUGACCGAGUGUGGUGGCCAGGGAUGGACCGUGAUACGGAGAAACGAGUCAGGACAUGUGAAGGAUGCAGACUGUAACAUCCUCAGGUGCAGGUCUUGACGCUUCAGUGUUCAGAACUAGAAUGAAUCCAAACUCUUCCAUUCGGAUUGUCAUUUGAAGAAUCAACGCCUACUACAUCCCUCGUCAACUUUGAACAAAUUUAAUUUUUAUUCGACAUUUAUGAAUAAUAGCUAUAAGAUCUCCUUGAUUAACAUUGAACAAUCAUUUCACGAAUAUUUGUUAACUAUUUUUAUUAUUCAUUGUGAAUAUUUUAUACUCAUACCAUUUUGCUCGAAUUCUUUUAUAUUAAACCAAAACUCACAUCUAGUAUUCCAGUUUUCACUAUCAAUUCUCGGUUGACAUUCAAUGGGAAAAUUGCCUUACUUUCUAUGUACAUAUAAACACAGAUUUAAUCAUAUAGUCUCAAGAAGUUUUAAGGAACAAAACAUUGACAAAACCAGUAAUUAGAAACAUUCCAGUUUUUUCUUACUACAACAAAUUUCUGGUCUUUCUUAAUCCAGUAACUUUCGGGCUUACAUCUUUCUGCGCUUCGGAGUAACCCCGGACUCACAGUUCAGUAAUCCUUAGUUCCUUUUUUAAUUGCUUUCAGUCAAAUGGCCUGGAAUCAAUGUUCCCUUCAUUUGACUAUCUGAAUGGCCUGGAAUCUUCGUUCCCUUCAUUCAGAUUCCUUCGAAUGCCUCAUCUUGUGGGCUAACAGACGGAUGGCCUGGAAUCUUGGUUCCCUUCACCCGUCUCCUUAAAUGGCCUGGAAUGCAUCAUUCCCUUCAUUUAAGUACCUUAUAUCAAAUUAUAUACGGUUUUCGCAUUAAUAAAUUCACUUGUCACUGAUUGUGAUUACCUCAGUGUCAUUUAUGGACGAGUUGGACGGCUCGUUCAGCUUUGAACAAUCUUUCUGCUUACCAUUACUCGACAGCAAUUUUGGGGACAAUCCAAAUCUUGACGAGUAUCUUCGCGUAUUCAGUAAAGGAACUUAAUGCCGUUGGAACAUAUUUCAUUAUUUUUCAAUGUUCAUGUUUCGUCUCUUCUGUUUUCCUCGAAUUUUCUAGUACAUGGUUCAAACCUCUUCAGGAUUUUCCAAAUUGAAUCCGAUUCUCGUCAGCCAAUGUAACAUCCUCAGGUGCAGGUCUUGACGCUUCAGUGUUCAGAACUAGAAUGAAUCCAAACUCUUCCAUUCGGAUUGUCAUUUGAAGAAUCAACGCCUACUACACAGACUAGUGAGCAUGCCGAAUAAACCGGAGCCAAUGAGUCGUCGAGAGAUGCCUGCUAAGCCGUGGAUUGAGUUGGCAAUUGACUUCCUUGGACCUUUGCCGUGUGGAACCUACCUACUAGUUAUAAUCGACUACUUCAGUCGUUACAAGGAAGUCGAGCUAAUGUCAAGAAUAACAGCUAAGGAGACGGUUGAAAGGCUUGACAGAAUUUUUAGUCGUCUUGGUUAUCCACAAACUAUCACAUUGGACAAUGCGAAACAGUUUGUAGGAACCGAGUUAGAAGAAUACAGUGCAAUGAAAGGUAUCACUCUCAGACACUCUACUCCGUAUUGGCCGCAAGAGAACGGUUUAGUGGAGCGCCAGAAUCGUUCUCUCCUAAAACGCCUACAAAUCAGCCACGCACUAGGCAGAGACUGGCGGCGGGAUCUUCGUGAAUAUCUGAUGAUGUAUUACACCACACCUCAUUCGAUCACGGGCAGAACUCCAACAGAACUGUUAUAUGGGAGAACAAUACGAUCCAAGAUACCCGCUUUGGAAGAUGUUGAGACGAAACCAACAGACGAUGGCGUUCGGGACAGAGACCGUGUUCUGAAAGACAAGGGGAAACAGUUGGAGGACCUCCGGCGCCGAGCUAGGAAGUCGUCGUUAUCCGCAGGUGAUACAGUACUCAUGCAAAAUCUUUUGCCGGGGAACAAGUUGACAACGACGUUCAAUCCAAAGGAGUAUGUUAUUACGCAACGAUCCGGACCGCGGGUAACUAUCGAAGAUCCAGCGACGGGCAAAUCGUACGACCGGAAUGUUGCUCAUCUUAAAAAAGUGUCCGAUGGCGUGGUGGACCCAACGGAGACGAUCCCAACAACGGAGAAAGAGAACCCCAUCAAUGAUGAUAAACAACUGCCCGAGUCUUCCGAUUCAGAAAAUGAAUUCCAUGGAUUUGACCUUGAAGCAGAGUUCGAGGCUGGGCCUGGGCCGUGUCCCUUGGCUCGACAGCGGCGUGUUGUAAGGAAGCCUACUCGAUUUGAAGAUUACUUGUUGUAGUGACCUGGAUGAAGUCUUGCUAUUGUAAAAGGGGAGAUGUGGUGCCUGAGUGCAGGCCUGAUAUUAUAUGCUGAUGUAAUGGGGUCUGGGGACGGCCCUGUGUUGUGCUGUCAGAAUACCAAGUGGACUCGAGAUUAACGUGUGUACAAAAGUGGAGAAAUAAAAAGAAUUAAUUUGCUAGUAAAAUACAUUUAAUUAUUGAUUUGCUAUUCGGAGUAUCACAAGUAGGAUGAAUAAUUAUAAAGCAAACUGAUCCAUUUUAAACGUAGAUGCAUUGUGCGUCACCAAGCGACUUCAGAGGACUUGGUGAACCUUCUUCACGGCAAGAUCGGUUCAGUAGGAUGAAUAAUUAUGAAGAAAACUGAUCCAUUUUAAACGUAGAUGCAUUGUGCGUCACCAAGCGACUUCAGAGGACUUGGUGAACCUUCUUCACGACAAGAUCGGUUCAGUAGGAGGAAUAACUAUGAAGAAAACUGAUCCAUUUUAAACGUAGAUGCAUUGUGCGUCACCAAACGACUUCAAAGGACUUGGUGAACCUUCUUCACGGCAAGAUCUGUUCAGUAAGAGGAAUAACUAUAAAGAAAACUGAUCCAUUUUAAACGUAGAUGCAUUGUGCGUCACCAAGCGACUUCAGAGGACUUGGUGAACCUUCUUCACGACAAGAUCUGUUCAGUAGGAUGAAUAACUAUGAAGAAAACUGAUCCAUUUUAAAUGUAGAUGCAUUGUGCGUCACCAAACGACUUCAGAGGACUUGGUGACCCUUCUUCACGGCAAGAUCUGUUCAGUAGGAGGAAUAACUAUAAUGAAACUGAUCCAUUUUAAACGUAGAUGCAUUGAAGGACUUGGUGAACCUUCUUCACGGCAAGAUCUGUUUAGUAGGAGGAAUAAUAACUAUGAAGAAAACUGAUCCAUUUUAAACGUAGAUGCAUUGUGCGUCACCAAACGACUUCAGAGGACUUGGUGAACCUUCUUCACGGCAAGAUCUGUUCAGUAGGAGGAAUAACUAUGAGAAAACUGAUCCAUUUUAAACGUAGAUGCAUUGUGCGUCACCAAACGACUUCAGAGGACUUGGUGAACCUUCUUCACGGCAAGAUCUGUUCAGUAGGAGGAAUAAUAACUAUGAAGAAAACUGAUCCAUUUUAAACGUAGAUGCAUUGUGCGUCACCAAACGACUUCAAAGGACUUGGUGAACCUUCUUCACGGCAAGAUCUGUUCAGUAGGAGGAAUAACUAUGAGAAAACUGAUCCAUUUUAAACGUAGAUGCAUUGUGCGUCACCAAACGACUUCAGAGGACUUGGUGAACCUUCUUCACGGCAAGAUCUGUUCAGUAGGAGGAAUAACUAUGGAGAAAACUGAUUCAUUUUAAACGUAGACGCAUUGUGCGUCACCAAACGACUUCAAAGGACUUGGUGAACCUUCUUCACGGCAAGAUCUGUUCAGUAGGAGGAAUAACUAUGAGAAAACUGAUCCAUUUUAAACGUAGAUGCAUUGUGCGUCACCAAACGACUUCAGAGGACUUGGUGAACCUUCUUCACGGCAAGAUCUGUUCAGUAGGAGGAAUAAUAACUAUGAAGAAAACUGAUCCAUUUUAAACGUAGAUGCAUUGUGCGUCACCAAACGACUUCAGAGGACUUGGUGAACCUUCUUCACGGCAAGAUCUGUUCAGUAGGAGGAAUAAUAACUAUGAAGAAAACUGAUCCAUUUUAAACGUAGAUGCGACUUCAGAGGACUUGGUGAACCUUCUUCACGGCAAGAUCUGUUCAGUACGAGGAAUAACUAUGAAGAAAACUGAUCUACUUUUAUAGGUUUAACAUAAAAAGUUUACCUAUCGGGCAGUGUACCUUUAAAUAUGUAAGUACUUACCCGCAUACACGAACUGUUUACAAAUAGUGAUGUACGAUGUCUGCCGUACGGGUUAUGAUCAUAGACUUUGUACCUUCGCUUUGAUAAGUUGAUUCUUUUUAAUAUGCGUUGCUCGAAAAUUUUAGGCGCAAAUAGUCUUAUACACUACGGGAAAUAAGUAUAAAGACAGAGCCAUUUCCCAUACAAAAUAUUCAUGUUUAGGGAUCAAAAUAUCUUUUUCUAGCGAUUCGAUUGUUAUGGAAUUUUGGCUGCCACCUUAACCCUUUAUAAGGCAGUGGCAACUAUAUUGCCACCUACUGUUUGUAUUUUUAUCUGUGUUGUAACAAUUUAUUUCGAACUUUUUUUUUGGUUUACGCAAAAUUGAGAUUACCCACAACGCCUGGUAUUUUUUUGGUACUAAACAAAGCUUUAACAACAAUUUGGGAGCCAUUUGUAUUCUCAAAAAUGGCUAAAUUUGACCGCGUGAAGAAAAUAAGCUCAAACUUAUUGAAAAUUUUUAGAUUUGGUAAAUAUUUUAAGAAAUAAUCAAAUUAUGGGUUGACAUGAGCUGAACAACACAGUUUAUAUUAUGGGUUAAGCCCUAAUCCACUCUAAAAUCUCUUUCCGGCUUUUUGUAGAAGUCAAAAGAAGAAAAGUACCCUAAACGGGCAGUGGCAAGAAUAUUGCCACCAGCGCUGGUGGCCUAAACGGGCAGUGGCAACUAUAUUGCUACCUCAAAAGCUCGUUUUUGGGGUUAACGGGCAGUGGCAACUAUAUUGCCACCAGCGUUUUUGGGCUAAACGGGCAGUGGCAACUAUAUUGCCACCUAGAUUUUUGGAAGUUUCUUCCAAACAAAAAUUGUUUUGUACAUGUAAUCAUGUAUAUAAUCAUUUCCAUGAUAGUAUGCGUUGACAACUUUACUAGUUUUCUCGGCCUUACCUAGAAUGUUGACUAGUAGUAUAAAUUACACUAGUUUACAGCAUUUUUGAACUCGGUAAGCUGAUGAUCAUUUUUGGUGUAGAAUCAUGCCCUGAGUUCGAAAACGCAAAAGAAAAAAAAUACAGUAGAGCGGAAAUUUUUUCGACUUUCCAUACAAGGUUGAUGAUUUGAAAUCGAUUUUUGUUCUAUUUUUAAGCAAAGUCGCUCACUUCAAACAUCUCAUUCUCCGUAACCAAUGCUCCGAUUGAGCUGAAAUUUUUACUGUAGCUCGCCUACAUAUGAUAUGUCAAAUAAACGUCGAGAAAGAAUUUUUAAGUUGGUUUUUUCGUAUUAAAAAAAAUACAUUUCUUCAAAAAAUUUUGGGAAUUUUGCUAAAAUUUAAGAAGAUCGUCCCUAAAAAUCGUCAAUAUCUUGAACUUCAUCAAUCUGACGCAAAACCUGUAUUCAGAUGAUCGAAUGGUAUUGUAUUCAGCUUUCAAUUUAUGGAAAAAGAUUUAAAAUUGGUUGAACAGAACGCAAUAUAUUUGAAUUUUAGUAAAUUACAUAUUUUGAAAAGUUGUAAAACUCGAUAUUAAGCUAAAACUCAAAAACUGUUCUACUUUAAAUUUUUUGAAGGUCGGUUUCGAAAUCAGCACUAAAUUGUGCUUCAAAAAUUUUGGUCGUUGACAGAAGUUCACGACUUUCAUUUUAUUUUGUAAACUUGUGUUAUCAUCCAUGCAAACGUUUACAUAGACUUUUCAGAUUCAAAUAAUUAUAAAGACACGUUUUUGUAUGAAAAUCGUGUCUUUAUAAUUAUUUGAAUCUGAAAAGUCUAUGUAAACGUUUGCAUGAAUGAUAAUUUAUACUAAUAGUCAAAAUUCUAGUUAUUUUAGGGUGGCAGCCAAAAUUCCAUAAUAAUCGAAUCGCUAGAAAAAGAGAUUUUGAUCCAUAAACAUGAAUAUUUUGUAUGGGAAACGGCUCUGUCUUUAUAUUUAUUUCCCGCAGUGUACAUCCGCUUGUACGUUUAAAACACAUUCCACAUGGUGUUACUUUCGCUUCCAAAUACUUAACAAUUGUUCAAUUUAUGCCAACCAGCAUAUCAAAAGAUUAGAAUUGAAUAGAGGCAUGACUUCAGAUCAGUACACCUUGGUCAAAACUGUCAAAAGUGGUCAAAUAUUUGGCAUUGGUCAAGUAGUGAAAUAUUAGCUUAAUUAUGUUUGUUUUGAAGCGUAGAAAUUGGAAAUCGAUGACAUGUGCACGAAGAUAUCGUUCCACAAAGUUGUUCAAAAACCAUAAUCUAGGGAAAGUCUAAAUCAUGUUGGUGUUUUCGACGCAGUAUUCUUUGACUCAUUUGCGCACUUAUUGUGCAAGAUACCAUAACGAUUAAACGUGAGCGGAGGUUUAUUAGCGAUUUUGCGUUACUUUCUGAUCAACGUACAGUAGUGUUCAUAAAAAUAGCAGUGAAAGCCGAUUUUCAAAACAAAAUGGCCAACUUUGACAUGCUAUAACUUGGGUCUCCUAUGAUCGAUUGAGCUGGAAAUUUGACAGCGAACUACAAAUAUGGUCGAAGCACGUGGAAAAAGGUUAAACACUAUGUGAAACUGUUCAAAAUAAUAGCAGUGUUAAUAAAUUGAAUUGUAGCUUAGGCCUAGGCAACAAGUCAAUAUAUAAGGUUAAAAAUUAUAAAAAAAUAUUUGCUAAAUAAAAAACAAUCAAAACAAAUACUGGUAUUAUUUUGAACAAUUUCACAUAGUGUUUAACUUUUUUCCACGUGCUUCGAAAAUUUUCAUUUUUUUCUAUAACAAAAUGACCAUAUUUGUAGUUCGCUGUCAAAUUUUCAGCUCAAUCGAUUAUAGGAGACAAAAGUUACAUCAAGUCAAAGUUGACCAUUUUGUAUGAAAAUCGGGUUUCACUGCCAUUUUUAUGAACAUAGCUGUAUAUGGGGGAGUAGAAGAUGGAGCAAGAUGGGUCACUUUAGGAUAGAUCACCAUAAAUACAAAUCACAUAAGUUUUUGUUUUCGUCCUUUUCUAUUCAAUAUAUUAGCAUGCUUUUGAACAAGCAGUUAUCAAAAGUGAUUGAUUUCGCUCACAAAAAAGAACAAAAAACUGGGCAAGAUGGAUAACUUUUUGAGUGAUUCAGA